GUCAUAGCCCGUCAGAAUCACGUGUCUGAAAUGGAUUGGGGGCGGGCUGGAGUCCGCACGGCCUGGGCUGUUUACGGAAACCCUGACAGUUGGGGUCCGGUGCGCUGCAGACUUCAGGCUGUGUCUCCCUAAUCCAGGAUUUAGUACAAUGAAGCCAAAAACAACUUCCGUGUUCAUCUUGGGUUUCCUUUGUUUAGUCUUUUAUUGUUUCUGUGCUGCUGACAGAUUCUACAAGCAUGGCAACCACGAGUGGACAAAGCUGUUUAUGGUUCACCACUGGCCUACAACUGUGUGCAAGGAAAUUGAAAAUGACUGCAGAGAUCCCCCUGAUUACUGGACAAUUCAUGGACUGUGGCCUGAUAAAGCUGGCGAGUGUAACAGAUCAUGGCACUUUAAUUUAGAUGAGAUCAAGGAUCUUUUACCCGACAUGAAGCAUUUCUGGCCUGAUGUAAUCCAUCCAUCUCCGAAUCGCAGCCAGUUCUGGAAGCAUGAAUGGGAGAAACAUGGAACAUGUGCAGCCCAGUUGGAUGCUCUAAAUUCUCAGAAAAAAUACUUCGGUAAAUGUCUGGAGUUUUAUAAGGCUAUUGACCUCAAUGGUGUGCUUCAGAAGUUGAACAUAGAGCCAUCUGUCUCAUACUACCAGAUUGCAGACAUUAAAAAUGCCCUUGCAAGCAUAUAUGGAGUGAUACCAAAAAUUCAGUGCCUUCCACCAGAACAGGAAGAAGACAUACAAACGCUUGGUCAAAUUGAAUUCUGUUUCAGCAAAGACCUACAUUUGAGGAAUUGUACUGAGCCAGAGGUACCUCCCUUCCUGAAAGAUGCUUUGUUGGCUGAUGAGACUUCCAUGAGUCAUGGCCUCUCACUCUGUGAAGAUGGCCCAGUUUUCUAUCCCCCUCCAGAAAAGACGUACCGUUGAUGUUUGAAGGACUGGAAAUAUAUUGUGUCAGGUGGCCUGUGUUUGGGGAAGCAAGAAGGUUUCACAAAACAGUUCAGCCAAAUACAUGCUUACUUUUUACAAUUUAAUUUUAGUAGAUAUUCCCAAUGUUUUACCAAAGGAAAUAGAGAAGAAAGGGUUUAUCACAAAUCUGAAAAGCUAGAGUUUAUUUGUUUUUUUUUUUUUUUAAAUAAAGUACCAACAAAGUUUGGGUUUGUUUUCUAAACAAGAAGAACGAUUCAAGAAAGAAAAAAGGGUGUAUAUGUCUUAGUAAAUUGUUUUAGCGUUUGCUAUGUGAUCAUUUGUAUAAUUCCUAUGGAGUGGGUGUUCUUCCCUUGGUGGUUGGUACCUUUGGGUGUCUGGAAUCUCUUUUCCUGUCUGCACAUAAUGGAAGGACCACAAUGUAGGUACCCAGGCUGGUUACUCAGAUAGGAUGUUGGGUUACCAAUUUAUUCUCCCAUUCUUCUUUCUGGCUUACACCAAGGAAUAAAUACUUCAGAGUCUGUUGACUUUACCUAUUUCUCUUGUCAUAGCAACCUGUAUAACACAUACUGUAUUCUUAUUAGUGCUCCUUGUUGGAGAAAAGAAUACUGAGGUAGUACAUAUUUCAUCUUCCUUCUCCACUUAGAAGUAACAUAAGUGCCAAACAACAAACAAGCUUUUUUUUUUUUUUUUGUCAGAAGAGAACAGAACACAUCAUAUUAUUUUAGUUUGAGGGUUUUUUUUAAGGUUGUGUUGCUGGAAAAGUAAAUAAUUCAGGUUGGUCAUUAAUUAAGGUAACACUUUCCCUCUCUGAAGGAAAUUAGGGCACUGUGGAAGACUUGGGCAGGUUGACAAGUAGAGUAAAAUAUUAUGACAAAAAUAUAGUUCCAAAAUGUGGUGCUUCUAUCAUUUUGGAUCUGUUAUCCAGCAGGAAUUGUUACAUAUCAUGUUUAUUUGGUUUCACAAUAACAUAGUGUUCUUGUUAAUGAUCCAAAACACUCCAGGCUACAAAUAGAUAACUGCAGUGUGAGAACCUACCCAUUCUGUGAUGAUUUCAUUUUUUAAAUGGGGAUUUCUAAUGAUCUGUGAAGUCGGCUGCUUUACAUGCUUUAUUAAAACUAUCUUUUUACA